GUUGUAGAUUUGGUAAUUUUGAUGCCAACCAAGGAGAAGAGACAAAAGGCAACAGUAGAAAAGGGGGAUGCUUUUGUGAAUGGGGUUCUUUUUCUUGCUUGGAAUCUGCCUUCGUCCGUUGCCUUCCAUCGGGAGAAAGAAGUAGGAGGGUGUGUGUGCGAGAGAGAGAGGUAAACAGCCCCACCUUUUUGGUGAGGAAGCAAGGGGGAUCCGGGAGGAUGUCGACGCCGGCGAGGAAGAGGUUGAUGCGGGAUUUCAAGAGGUUGCAGCAGGAUCCGCCGGCGGGGGUCAGUGGCGCGCCGCAGGACAACAACAUCUUGCUCUGGAACGCCGUCAUCUUCGGCCCUGAUGACACUCCGUGGGAUGGAGGGACAUUUAAACUGACUCUGCAGUUCACUGAGGAUUACCCGAAUAAGCCCCCAACUGUGCGGUUUGUCUCACGAAUGUUUCAUCCAAACAUUUAUGCAGAUGGAAGCAUUUGCCUGGAUAUUUUACAGAAUCAAUGGAGUCCAAUCUAUGAUGUUGCUGCAAUAUUGACUUCUAUUCAGUCGCUCCUCUGCGACCCGAACCCAAACUCUCCUGCGAAUUCUGAGGCUGCUCGUAUGUUCAGCGAGAACAAGCGUGAAUACAAUCGGAGAGUUCGUGAGAUAGUGGAGCAAAGCUGGACUGCCGACUGAAGGCUAACAUUGCGUGGCAAAUUCUCCGUUCCUCAUACGUGAGGAUAUCCGUAUGUGAGGAUGUUGGUAUGCUCGUGUUGAAAACCUUUAUGCCUCUUGAUACUAUUGUUCUUUUGUGAAACCUUCUAUACUGUGGACACUGUACUUUCACCAAUAUAUAUAUAUAUAUAUAUGUUAUAUCCGAUCA